AUGGCUACCGAGUUGACCGUCCAGUCGGAACGUGCGUUCCAGAAGCAGCCUCACAUCUUCCUCAACUCCAAGACCAAGGCGAAGAGCAAGAAGGUCGGCCAGACCCGGAGAUGGUACAAGGAUGUCGGUCUGGGAUUCCGUACUCCCAAGACUGCCAUUGAGGGCAGCUACAUCGACAAGAAGUGCCCCUUCACCGGUAUGGUCUCCAUCCGUGGUCGUAUCCUGACCGGCCGUGUCGUCUCCACCAAGAUGCACCGUACCAUCAUCAUCCGCCGUGAAUACCUUCACUACGUCCCCAAGUACAACCGUUACGAGAAGAGACACAAGAACCUUGCCGCUCACGUCUCUCCCGCUUUCCGUGUUGAGGAGGGUGACUGGGUCACCGUCGGCCAGUGCCGUCCUCUGAGCAAGACUGUCCGCUUCAACGUCCUGCGUGUCCUGCCCCGUACCGGCAAGGCCGUCAAGUCGUUCGCCAAGUUCUAA